AUGGCGAAGGAGACGACCAAAUUGGUGAUGAAUGCCGAAAAGCGUGGACCUUCAGCAUUCUGCAAAGUUUUGAAAGAUUUUUGGAUCUUUAAGGAUCGCAGGGCGGGUGUGUUAGGGGAAUUCAGCACGUUGCAACGCAGAACAGUCCACCAAGUAGAGCAAGUUAAGUGUUGUGCACACCCGCUGACUCCAAAUUUUAUUUCACCGCGCCGCGACCGGCCGACGCUCGAACGAGCCCGCCUAUCGACCGACGGCACGCUACCAAUUACAGCCUUCAUCCGGUCCUCCAACAAGCCUCAAGAAUUUUGUCUUGAGCCUCUUCUAAGAGAAACCUUGUCUGCGCGAAGGUCGACCCUGUUAUCAGCCGACCAUAUUCUGGUAUCAAGAGGUCAGCAGGCGGCAACGUCGACCUUGUCGGAAUGGAAACCACAUCAUCAGCUGCUGACGGCCGACGAACAGCGGGCUUCUCCAGGAAGCGCGUUGCACACCCGCAGCGUCAAAAGGGCCGUUUCUGACCAGAAGCUAUCAUUAGUGCAUUGUCUUGCCAGUGACUCCGACCACUACCUGAACAAUACCGAAAGCUUGAUUUUGCCAAUCGAGCCAGCUAGCUGUCGC